UGGCUAGACGAGGACGAGAGGGCAGUGCAGUUUGGUGCGGCUCUGUGGCACCCGUGCGUCCCGAUCGUUUCUGUUGGCGUGGAUUUUUCCGCAGCUAGUUGUCCCGCAAGCGAGCACCGCGAACGAUCGCAGAACCGAUCGCCAUCAGCCCGUCAAUAUUUCCCAGGAUCGGAAGCGACGCGUUUGGGGCCGCGCCGAUGUGUCCUUAGUGGUUUGCACGUGUUCCUUUUUACGUACGCGGCAGUGUUCGGUGAGGACGACGGGGCCCCGAGAUACACACGUACGCGGAACUGCGCCUUGAACGACCGACGGAGAGACACCACGGCGAAGAGGAGUGAGAGGAAGAAGAAGCAGAAGAUGAGCAAGACGUGCGCCCGCUGCGAGAAAACGGUCUACCCGAUCGAGGAGCUCAAGUGCCUCGACAAGAUAUGGCACAAACAGUGCUUCAAGUGUCAGGGUUGCGGGAUGAUCCUAAACAUGCGGACAUACAAGGGGUUCAACAAACAGCCGUACUGUGAGGCGCACAUACCAAAGGCGAAAGCCACCACAAUGGCGGAGACGCCGGAGCUGAAGCGUAUCGCGGAGAACACGAAGAUCCAGAGCAACGUGAAGUACCACGCGGAGUUCGAGAAGGCGAAGGGUAAGUUCACCCAGGUGGCGGACGACCCGGAGACCCUCAGGAUCAAGCAGAACAGCAAGAUCAUCUCGAACGUCGCGUACCACGGUGAGCUCCAGAAGAAGGCGAUCAUGGAGCAGAAAAGGACGAUGACCGGCGAGAAUGGCGAACAAAUUGAGUACGUAGAGUACACGGACGGUACGAUCGCGCCUACAUCGGGCGUGAACGCGAAUCCUCCGGCGGCGAGAAGCGCGGGCUCGCCGGUGCAGAGGACACCAGGUAGGAUCGCCGAUUACGAUCCCCUUAGCGAGGCCAGACCCAGUCCUUAUUCCGCCAGACAAGCGGCCACCACUGUGAUCUAUACGAGCGACAAGGGACCAGUGACGAAUCCACCAACCAGGAAGAUCGGUUCGGUGGCGGACAUAGACCCUCUGAACGAGUACUAUGGAUCGUUGACGCCCGCCACGAACAACAACCAUGUCCCACAACAUCAACCGCCGCCACCUCCACCUACCAACGUCGGGAGAGUGUACCGAGCGAUGUACGACUACGAGGCCCAGGACCUUGACGAGGUGAGCUUCUGCGACGGCGAUCUGAUCGUGAACUGCACGGCCAUCGACGAGGGCUGGAUGACCGGUCUGGUGCAGCGCACGGGCCGCCAUGGCAUGCUGCCGGCGAACUACGUGGAGCCGGCUCAGAUCUAGGAAGAGGAAGGAAGGAAGCAUCCUUCGAGUGUUGCGUGUCCUCAUCGUCUUCGUUCCCCCCCUGCGGUGGUCGGGGCACUCGACAACAAAAGAAGCAAACUCGAGCGAACGACGAAAGUGGCGCGAACCGUGCAGAGACGGACAGUGAACAGGGUGCACUGGGUGAAGGUUCUGCCAAAAGGAAGAGACAACGACGGAAGCAACGUCGACCGACCUCUUGCUUCCCGUUGCUCGACGAUCCAUCGAAUAUCUGCGAUCAGAGUCGCUUCGAGACGCAGAACGCGGAGAUCUGUUUGCGUCUCUUGAGAAGAGAUCCAGAAACGGGAGAUCGUCCGCGGCGGAAUGAUCAGGAAGAAUCGAGAUCCUCCGUCGUCCAGAUUCGUCUCGAUUCGUCUUGUCCGUUGUUCUCGAAGAAAAUCGUCGGAUCUUCCUUUUUCGGGUAGAGGACUCCGGGAGGAUCGAAGCUGUUUCGCGCUACAGCUCGGAGAACCGAUCGCUUUCUCGUGCUCUGGGUAAUCAAAGAGUGCCUGUUCUCGCAUUUACGUCGGCGACUGCGAAGCUAUUCCACGUUUGGGACCAAAUUCGAUUCGCCUCGUCCACGAGGGAACACCUCGCAAGUGCCUUCUUCGCGAACUAUACGAACCGAACGGAAAACCGAGGCACACACCGAGCAUCGUGUUUCGUGUAGCUUCUCUUAGCGAGCUUGUUGAGAUCAUUCCGUUGCUUCGAGGAUUCCACUUUUUUUGUUUGUUUCUUUUUUUUAAUUCUCCGCGAUCAUUUUCCGUUUCCCUUUCGCGGGAGUGCGUUCUGAGCGAUUGAGAGCAAGGAUGGUUCACUGGCGUCGCAGGUUUUCAGCCUGUAAAAAUAAGAUAACCUUUUACGAUGUCCACUUCGCUUGUCGAUCAUCGAGAAGACUUUUAAUGAGGAACUUCAGGCUCGAUUGACACGUUUGAAAAUUCGAUUCUUCCGUAUUUCAUGCAAAAUUGCACGCGAUUCUUCGUAAGUUCGGAGCUAUCAUGGGAACAGUUUAAUUGUUACAGCUGCAUGAUCACAGCACGAUUAAUUGUUACAGCUUGCUAAAACGAUCGUUCGAAUGGCGACGCACGCGCAUAUAACGGUCGAUGACUCUCGACCGUGUUCAGCUGUCGCAUAUAUCUGUCCAUUGUCUUGUGAACGUUCCCAAUUUUCUCGCAUCGACGCGGAAUCUUGGGACCGUUCAAGGAAUUGCUAUUUAUCGAAGGAACGCGUUACGUUCGAACGUCAGUUUUUCUUUUGUAGAAAAUGCCGCGGGCUACGAAAGCAAAGCCGCCGCGCCGUUCGUUGUGAUCCAGAAGGA